CAGCAUUCUACCCCUGCCAGCGUCCUCGCGGGAGCCACCAGGCCUCCACUCAAGAUGAGUGAUAGGCCAGACAUGUCCGAAGUAGAGAAGUUUGACAGAUCAAAACUGAAGAAAACUAAUACUGAGGAAAAAAACACUCUUCCUUCAAAGGAAACUAUCCAGCAGAAGAAAGAGUGUGAUCAAACAUCCUAA